AUGGUGGCAUUGUCUCUUACAUUUUGCAGUGGAACUUGCUUAGCUAAGUUUCUUUACAUGAAAGUGUUUACAAACACUGUGAUGAAGCUAGUUGAUGAAUAUCGACUUUGUGACAAAUUACUUGUAAAUGACACACGUUUUGCAAUGAAUCGUAUUAAAAAUUUGAGAAUAAUUAAAAAACGUGCUAUAACUGUCUGGGUAGUACUUGUUACUAAUGCUGUUAUAUAUCUUUUGACGCCCUUAUUAAGUCCUGGACGACAUUUCGCAGAAGAUUUAUAUGUGCUUUAUGGCUUAGAACCAUCGUUUGAAACGCCAAACUACGAAAUAACUUUUGCUAUUGAAGCAGCUUCAAUAUUUUUUUCAAUUUCGACUACGGUACAUAUAACAGUAUUUAUAAUUGUUAUUGUUGGUUGUAUCGAAGCUCAGUUGCUGGCCCUCAGCGAAGAAUUGAAUAAUAUGUGGGACGAUAGUGCAAAAUUUUAUGAACGGUAUGGGAAUGGAAACGAAAGAUUUUCUAGAAACGUUUUUUUGAAAAUGCGCCUUCAGGAUAUUGCAAAAUUACAUAUUGUAACUAUUAAUCUCAGACAGAACGUUGACAAGGAACUCAGAUUUAUUUUUGUAGUGGAUUGUAUUUUCAUGAUUCUUGCUAUCGUUACCGAACUAGUCGGUGGACUUGAAAAUACAAUAGUACAGUUCCCCUUCACUAUUACUAUUGUAUUCAUAGAUUGUUUUAUUGGACAAAAGCUGAUUGACGCCAGUGAUGUGUUUGAGAGUUCAAUUUAUAGUUGUAGAUGGGAAAAUUUCGAUGUUAGCAAUCAGAAAACAGUUUUGUUCAUGUUAAAAAAUUCACAAAAAACGCUAUAUUUAUCAGCAGGGGGUAUAGCAGUGCUGAAUAUGUCUUGCUUAAUGUGUAUUUUUCGGACUACGUAUUCUGCUUACACUACCUUACAAACUUCAGGGUAA